GCGCAAGCGUCCUGGGUGAGUGGUGCUCGGGACUCAGCGCGUGUGUCCUCUGUCCUGCAGUCGCCAUGCCAGCCGACAUCAGCCAGUGGGCCGGGCCGCUGUGCCUGCAGGAGGUGGACGAGCAGCCCCAGUACGCGCUGCGUGUCUCCUACGCCGGGGUGGAGGUGGACGAGCUGGGCAAAGUGCUGACGCCCACCCAGGUCAAGAAUAGGCCUAGCAGCAUUUCAUGGGAUGGCCUCGAUCCAGGAAAACUCUACACCCUGGUCCUCACAGACCCCGAUGCUCCUAGCAGGAAGGACCCCAAAUUCAGGCAAUGGCACCAUUUUCUGGUGGUCAACAUGAAGGGCAAUGACAUCAGCAGUGGCACCGUCCUCUCAGAUUACGUGGGCUCUGGGCCCCCCAGUGGCACAGGUCUCCACCGCUACGUCUGGCUGGUGUACGCGCAGGACAAGCCACUGAACUGCGAUGAGCCGAUCCUCAGCAACAGGUCUGGAGACCACCGGGGCAAGUUCAAGGUGGCGGCCUUCCGCAAGAAGUAUCACCUGGGAGCCCCGGUGGCGGGCACGUGCUACCAGGCAGAGUGGGAUGACUACGUGCCCAAGCUGUAUGAGCAGCUGUCUGGGAAGUAGGGCUGCUGCUGAGGCCAGCAGUCCUGGGGACCCACCCACUCGCAGUAUUGUCAAGCUGUGUAAAUCAUGCCGUUUCUCCCCUUCCUUCCCACCCCCUC